AUGCCACUCCCAACCCUCCUCCACUCUCCCCCUAUAAAGAGCCGCACCCUCCAUCUCCUCCCUCUUCUCCGCACCCUCACCACCCACCCCGCCUCCAGCGCCCCCACCCCCGAAACCACAACCACAACCACCCCCGAAACCGAAACCGAAACCGAAGCCGAAACCGAAACCGAAACCACCCCCCGUCCCCUGAUCCGCAGGGUCGUAUUCCCCCCCGUACUCGACCCCACCAGGCCCCGAAUCCGCAAAGUCGCCGCUCCCAACCCCCCCAUACUUGACCCCACCAAGCCCCGAAUCCGCAAAGUCACUCCCAACCCCCCCGAAGACUCCGCACCGCCCGUUCGGCGCUACGGAACCGCCCCCACCUUCUCCGACUUCGGAGCGGGACGCCCGCCCGCGGCUGGCGACGGCCCAUUGAUCCGCAAGACAGGCACACACUGGAACAGCGCCUCCCCAACGAUCCGGAAGGAGUACAACUACUUUGCGCCGGAGGAGAAGAAGGAGAAGCCAGCUAGCAUUGUCAUUAAGAGACCGGAGAUGACUGCGCCGGGACAUACGGAGUGGAGUAGGGCGGGGCCGGGUGGGGGGGAGCUAAAGAAGUAUUUGACGGUGGAGCAGCAUAGGCUGGAUAGGCCGGAGAUUGAGACGACGUGGGUGGACACGCAUUGCCAUCUGUUUACGACGUUGAAGAUGUUGAAGGGAACCAUCGGCGACACCACGCUCCCCGAUGACGGCAUCGACACCCUCGUGAAGGCCCUCUUCCCACCGCAAGUGACCGCCGUAGUCGACAUCCACUGCGACCUGCCACUCUCCAACCUCCACGAGCACGCCCUCACCCUCGAGUGGCCUCCGCACUUCAAAUACUACUUCUCCAAGGGCGUGCACCCGCACUGCGCCAUGGACUACAACGACGAAGUGCACGAAUCGCUCAUCCAGACGAUGUCACACCCCUCCUGCGUCGCAUGGGGCGAGUGCGGCCUCGACUACUUCAAGAACGACGUCUCGACGCACCCAACACAGCGCACCGUCUUUGCGCGGCAGCUCCAGGCCGCCGUGGCGGCGGGAAAGCCAAUCGUCAUCCACACGCGCUCCGCGGACGAGGACACGCUGCGCAUCCUGCGCGAGCACGUGCCCAGGGACCACCGCAUGCACGUGCACUGCUUCACGGCGGGGCCGGUCCUUGCGCAGGCGCUGAUGGCCGAGUGGCCGAACUCGUACAUUGGGAUAACGGGCGUGGUGGGGUACAAGGGCAUGGACCAUGUCACGCAUAUGCUCAAGAGCGGGGAGAUCCCCGUGGGAAGGCUGCUGCUCGAGACGGAUAGCCCGUAUAUGGCGCCGAGGAGUGCGUAUAUUUGGCUGAGGGAUACGAAGCCCGAGAUAUCGAAGAAGAAGCUCGCGGUGAGCCAUGCGGGGAUGAUACCGUUUACGGCGGAGCAUGUGAUGGUGCAUGUUAAUGCUGGGAGGGGGGAGAGGGGGGAGCCCGAGAUGGGGUUGGUGGAGAUGUUGGAUGUGACGAGGGGGAAUGCGGCGAAGAUGUAUGGGAUUGAUGUUUGA